AUGAAUAUCAGUAAUACAACAAUUCAAACAGGCCAUCAUCAUCAUCAUCAUCAAAACACAACGUCGAAUGCAAGCUCAUUAUCAAAUCAACAAUCAUACCAUCACACAAACUCAGUGACAAUACAACAAGGUCAACAUCAAAGAGCAGUCGUCAAUCAAAAUCCAAGUGUUCAUAGAUUUCAGACUCCUGAUGAGAACCCAUGGUUAUUACAAUCGUCACAACCGGGACCCAUUCCACCUCAACGACAACAUAAGAGAUUAGCAGCAAAUUCGUCGGUUGGUGGUCAUCCAUCUUCUAUUACUUCAUCCUCUCAGACAUCUAAGUCACUUAUAAGUCAACAUCCACAAUCUAUUAACAAUUCUACCUAUAAUCAACCUGUAUACCUUACGAGUACAGCACAAACUCAAACAACACCUGGUUUAGCUCCUCAAGUAGCAUUACAUCCACAAAUCUCACCAAAAUCGCCAAGUCAAAGUUUUCCACAACCUACCGCCACCGGUUUUAAUUUAAUGUCAACAUCUCUUAGUGGUAACAGUUCGAAUAUGAAUCAUAUGUCACAAUUACAUCACGUUGCCAAUUUAAGCAAUAACAAUAAUAAUAGUGCUAGUAAUAAUAAUAAUAAUAGUAACUUUGAUGAUUUAAACCUAAACGGUUCGUCUUCCAACAAUACGUCGAGUCUUAAAAAAUUGGAAAUGAAAUUAAACUCAAUGCCAUGGUUUUAUGGAAGUAUAACUCGAGAUGAAGCCGAACGUUUACUACAGCCGCGCGAAGAGGGAUUAUUUUUAGUAAGAGAGUCAACCAAUUAUCCAGGGGAUUAUACACUGUGCGUAUGUUUUCAAGAGAAAGUUGAGCACUAUCGAGUGAAAUAUCAUGAUAAGAAACUCACGAUUGAUGAUGAGGAAUAUUUUGAUAAUCUAAGUCAACUUGUGGCACAUUAUGAGCAAGAUGCUGAUGGUCUAUGUACGCAAUUGAUGAAGCCAUUAGAAAAGUCUCAUGGACUUUCGUACAUGGACUCAACUGAUUUUAUAGCUCAAGGAUGGGUCAUCCCAGAGAAGGAUUUGCAACUUAAAGAGAGUAUUGGUAAAGGUGAAUUUGGUGAUGUGAUGCUAGGUUAUUUAAAAGGUGAACGAGUUGCCGUGAAAAUGCUUAAAGACUCAACAGCAGCUGCACAGAAAUUUUUAGCAGAAGCAUCCGUAAUGACAACACUAGAACAUAAAAAUCUUGUGAAAUUUCUUGGUUUAGUAUUGAAUAAACAACAUAUUUAUCUUGUCACUGAAUAUAUGAGUAAGGGUUCAUUAGUCGAUUAUUUAAGAUCCAGAGGACGUCAACAUAUCACAAGGAAAGAUCAAAUUAAUUUUGCAAGUGACACAUGUUCAGGAAUGGAAUAUCUUGAAGCAAAGAAGGUUGUUCAUAGGGAUUUAGCGGCAAGAAAUGUACUUAUCUCAGAAGAUUGUGUGGCUAAAGUUGCAGAUUUUGGAUUAGCUCGAGAGGAGUGCAUUAAUAGUACAGAUAUAGGGAAAUUACCUAUCAAAUGGUCCGCACCAGAAGCUUUAAAAAGUGGCCGAUUUUCAAACAAAAGUGAUAUUUGGAGCUUCGGAAUUUUAUUGUGGGAAAUUUAUUCAUUUGGUCGUGUUCCAUAUCCGAGAAUUCCACUUGCCGAGGUCACAAGGCACGUAGAAGCAGGAUAUAAAAUGGAAGCUCCCGAGGGAUGUCCAACAGAAAUUUAUGAUAUGAUGAAACAGUGUUGGGAUUUGAAUCCUAUUAAGAGACCAACAUUUAAAGAGCUUGCAUUGAAACUUCAUCAAUUGAAGGCAAAUACAACGUAA